UAAUCCAAGAGGUUGCUGUUAGUCAUCAUGCAACAAGCAAGCGCCCCACCGCCACCAGAGGCUUAUCCGCCGAGCUCAAGCGCAGCUCCGGUAGCGUAUGCUACUCCCACUGUUGCGAUCAUCAGCCCUAGUUUCUGCACUUCCUACCCUGUUGAUCUUGGCAUCGUCCGGAAAGUUCUAACCAUAAGCGACGGCAACUUUGUAGUCACGGAUGUCAAUGGCAACACUGUUUUCAAAGUGAAAGGAGCGCACUUAAGCUUACGUGACCGUCGAACUUUAAUCGACGCUGCUGGCUACCCCAUUGUAUCUUUCCGAAAGAAGUUGAGAUCGGUACACGAGAGAUGGCAAGUAUUCAGGGGAGAUAGCACAGAAAUGAGUAAUCUGGUGUUUAGUGUUAAGCAAUCUUCCAUGAUUCAGAUGAAAACCAAAUUGGAUGUUUUCUUAGCAACUAACACAGGAGAGUACGCACCUGACUUCCACGUUAAAGGAAGUUGGUUUGACAGAUCUUGUGUUGUAUAUGCUGGCAGCUCCUCCACUAUUAUUGCCCAAAUGUAUAAGAAGCACACAGUUUCAAGCGUUUUGUUUGGGAAGGACAACUUUAAUGUCACAGUAUAUUCUGGUGUUGACUACGCUUUCAUCGUUGCACUUAUUGUCAUCCUUGAUGAGAUCAAUUCUGAUUAAUAGUCCGGCCAUGAAUUACAGUAGAAUUGAUCCACGCGUGAUUCAAACAAUUUGGUUUACGUUUGAUCUUUUAUAAUUGGUGCAUUAUUAAUUGUCCAAGUUAUAUUCCAGCAAAACUAUGGAGUUUUAGGAAGUGGGAUUCCUUUCUCUUUCAAAAUGUAUAUAGUUUAAUUAAGUACUUU